AUGGUAUCACAGUCACUCAUCGACCUCUUCGGAGAUCAUCUUGUUGUUGACGACGGACGCAUGGUGGAAACAGCGUCUGCCCUGGAAGGUUGCACAGCAGUUGGGAUUUACUUCUCGGCUCACUGGUGCCCACCUUGCCGACGAUUCACUCCCGAAUUGGCGCGUAACUAUACCGAGCACUACGUCAAGAAGGGUCUUAAGAUCGUCUUUGUUUCCUCUGACCGGUCCGAGGCGGCAUUCAAUGAGUACUUCAGUGAGAUGCCGUGGUUGGCAUUGCCUUUCAACGAACGUGGUAUGAGAGAUAAGCUAUCGAAAAGGUUCAAAGUGUCGGGCAUUCCUAUGCUCGUCCUUGUCAAUCCGGAGGGUCAGACAAUCACCACUGACGGUCGUGGUGCUGUCGCUGACGACCCAACAGGGGAGGACCUUCCCUGGAUUCCAAAGCCGAUCACUGAACUACUCCCAAGGAACUUCAUCGAUAAGGACGGCAAGGAAAUCGAUAGAGAAAGUCUGGCAGGGAAACAUCUUGGGUUAUAUUUUUCGGCGCACUGGUGCCCACCCUGUAAGAAAUUUACUCCCUUGCUGACCUCCUGGUAUACACAUACACGUCCUAAACUGGCCGACAAGUUUGAAAUCAUAUUCGUGUCAAGUGAUAACAGUGAGCAGGAGUAUCGUGAGUAUCUUUCUACUAUGCCGUGGCCGGCAGUUCCGUAUGACCAGCAGGCCGCUAAGGGAGCACUAGAGAAAGCUGUUGGGGUGAAUGGCAUUCCAACUUUAGCUAUUGUCUCUCCCGAAGGCAAUCUUAUCACCGCUAAUGGUCGUGGAAUCCCAACUUCUGAUCCCAACGGCUGCUUCUUCCCGUGGAUCCCCGAGCCGUACCACGAUCUUGACGCUAACCCGGACGGAAUCAAUGAUAACGUAUCGGUUUGUAUUUUCUUUGGAUCGGGAUGGGACUGUUCAACUCUAGGCGCCAUCAAGAAGGAUGUUUUCCAUCCAAUCGCCGAAAAGUUAGCAUCCUACGACGUCAGUCUAUACUACUCCACCCAUUUUGAUGGUGAGAUAAGCGAACAGAUAGCCGGGGCCUGUGGGGAUAUGGAAGAGCCCGGGGAUAAGAAAGCUACUAUUCUCGUCAUUGACAUUCCAGAUCGGGGUGGAUACUAUUUGUGCGCCGAAAACGUCGAGACGCUUACCUUGGCCGUGUUAGAGGAAGCUUUUGAGAAAUACCAUAAGAAGGAUGUCCCACGACUGCAGAUGAGCUAAGAAUUGCUUAUAGUAUCACUGGAGAGGUGGAAGCGUUUAUAAAGCCUAUCUGAUCGGAUUUGGAAGAG